AUGUUCUUAUACACGCAGGUGGACGCCAUCUGGUGUAAGGUCUUUCCAUCCACGCUGACCGGGAUAGCCCAGACAUGGUUCAAAAGUCUCAAGCCAGGUAGCAUCUCUAGUUUCUCACAGCUAUCAUCUACUUUUAGUACGCACUUUGUGAGUAACAGACGCCGCGAGCGCACUACCGGAGAAUUAUUAUCUGUUAAGCAAGGCGAAAAUGAAAGCUUGCGAGACUAUAUUGGCCGUUUCAAUGUCGAAGUGAUCUCAAUACCGAGAUUGCAGCAAGAUGUGGCCGUGUUGGCCUUAAUGACAGGACAUAAGGAAGGAUCACCAUUCCGGAACUACCUGGGCCGGAAGUCAUACAUGUCCCUUGCACCAGUCCUUGGCAAGGCUAAUGACUAUAUUAGGGGAGAAGAAUUUGAUAGGGCCGUGAGUAAUCACGAGCCAGAAAAUAAAAAGGAAGACAAGCAGAGAAAAGACAAAGGUCGAGAGAAUGAUCGCGGCCGGGAGGAUAGAAGGCUGGAGUCAAAUGUUGUGAAAAGAGGGAAUGAUCGUGAAAGAGAUGACCGUGAGCGUUAUGAUCGGGUCAGAGUCGAUCGGGAAGGAGGUGGCCGUGAUAAGGGUGAACGUAGGGAAAGAUUCGACGCGUAUACCCAGCUCACCACCUCUAGAAGCCAGAUUUAUUUGAUUAAUAAGGACAUUGAUAAAUGGCAACAUCCAAAGCAAAUGUUCCACAAGAACCGCGACAAGACCAAGUGGUGUGAUUUUCAUGGAGAUCACAGACAUUUGACUAAAGAUUGUCGGCAUAUGAAGGAUAAUUUGGAAGACUUGCUGAGAAGAUGA